CCACGCCGUGAUCUGAGGCCGGGGAUUCCUGGCUCUGGACGCCGCACUUCCCCUUCUGUGUCACCGUUUCUGCCUUCUUCCUCCCAUAACCUGGAUUGCAGUUCCAAGUACAGUUCUCGGCGGUGAAGCCCGAAAGCUACUACGGCCCGGAACCCCCCGAGCCAUGCCCCAGCCAAGAGCUGGCGCGCCCCGCCUUCUUGAUGGCCGAGACUGGUGACUUCUAGCUGUCAUGAGAGGGUCCCUCUGAUCCUUAUUUACCCGUCAAGUCCCUAUGGCAUCAUUAACUAUUAUACAUUUCCUGACCUAGAAUAAGCUGGAAAGGAGAGGCUAACGCCAAAAUACAGUACUGAGAAAAUGCUAUGUUGACUCUAAACAUUUUGCCUUUGUGUGCGCCGGAAGAGUUGUGCUAGGCCAGACCCAUGGUCCCAUCUGUCAUUUUUAAGGACUCCUGGACACUGGCAUUUCUUGCAAACCCAGAAACCUUGGGGGGAUGUGUCCUGGGCAUCCUAGCUCUGCUUUUUAAUGUUACAGAACGCAUAUACAAUGUUAAUAGAAUCCUUUUCUAUUCGUUGACUAUCUAUUACCUUUGAUGUUUUUGUGCCUUCUGGGGCUUGAAGACCUUUAUUCCUUAAUACUGUAUUUUGUAGCACUGAGAGCAAACUAGGGCAAAUGCUUAAGUGCUUGGAUAACAGUUGCAGUCAUGGUUUUCCUAGGCCGUAUCUCCUGCCUACCGACCAAUAGUAGUGGUGAAGCAAUCACACACUUAAUUUAAAAGAAAAUUCUGGUUGUCAGAGCGGAACUGCAUUGAGAUUGUGAAUAAGUUGAUUGCUCAAAAACAGCUAGAAGUAGUUCACACACUUGAUGGGAAGGAAUAUAUUACACCAGCUCAAAUUAGUAAAGAAAUGAGAGAUGAGCUACAUGUCCGAGGUGGUCGAGUAAACAUUGUUGAUCUGCAACAGGUAAUUAAUGUGGAUCUGACUCAUAUUGAAAGUAGAAUUGGUGACAUUGUAAAAUCAGAAAAACAUGUGCAGCUAGUGUUGGGACAACUGAUAGAUGAGAACUAUUUGGAUCGGUUAGCAGAAGAGGUAAAUGAUAAAUUGCAAGAAAGUGGUCAGGUCACCAUAUCAGAGCUGUGUAAAACCUAUGAUCUUCCUGGAAACUUUCUGACACAGGCACUAACUCAGCGACUAGGUAGAAUUAUUAAUGGACAGAUUGAUCUUGAUAACAGAGGAGUCAUAUUUACUAAAGCUUUUGUAGCUCGACAUAAAGCACGCAUCCGUGGACUGUUCAGUGCUAUUACCCGGCCUACAGCAGUAAAUUCUCUCAUUUCAAAAUAUGGAUUUCAAGAGCAGCUGCUUUACUCUGUGCUUGAGGAACUCGUUAAUAGUGGACGUUUACGAGGCACUGUGGUUGGUGGGAGACAGGAUAAGGCAGUGUUUGUCCCUGACAUUUACUCCAGAACACAGAGUACUUGGGUGGAUUCCUUUUUCAGGCAGAAUGGCUAUCUAGAAUUUGAUGCUUUAUCCAGACUUGGAAUCCCAGAUGCUGUGAGCUACAUAAAGAAAAGAUAUAAGACUACACAGCUCUUGUUUUUGAAAGCAGCUUGUGUUGGUCAAGGACUUGUGGAUCAGGUGGAAGCAUCAGUAGAGGAAGCCAUCAGCUCCGGAACAUGGGUUGAUAUUGCACCUCUGUUACCCAGUUCUUUAUCAGUUGAAGAUGCUGCCAUGUUGCUUCAACAGGUGAUGAGAGCAUUCAGCAAGCAAGCUUCAGCUGUAGUCUUUAGCGACACUGUUGUAGUCAGCGAAAAAUUCAUAAAUAACUGCACAGAACACUUCAGUGGACUGAUGCACCAGAAAGCUGAAAAGGAAAUGAAAAAUAAUCCUGUUCAUUUAAUCACUGAAGAUGAUCUGAAACAGGUCUCCAUUUUAGAAAGCAUUAAUACAAGUAAAAAGGAUAAAAAAGAUGAACGAAGGAGAAAAGCAACAGAGGGCAGUGGAAGUGUGAGAGGAGGUGGUGGUGGUAAUGCCAGGGAGUACAAAAUUAAAAAAAUCAAGAAGAAAGGAAGAAAAGAAGAGGAUAGUGAUGAUGAGUCAUCUCACACUGGAAAGAAGAAGCCAGAGAUCACUUUUAUGUUCCAGGAUGAGAUUGAAGAUGUUUUAAGAAAACACGUACAAGAUGCCCCUGAGGAAUUUAUUUCUGAACUCGCUGAGCACUUAAUAAAACCUCUUAAUAAAACUUAUCUCGAGGUGGUACGUUCAGUGUUCAUGUCUUCAACUUCUUCUGCCUCUGGAACUGGUAGAAAGCGCACAAUCAAGGACUUGCAAGAAGAGGUUUCAAACCUAUACAAUAAUAUUCGGCUGUUUGAAAAGGGGCUGAAGUUCUUUACAGAUGAUACACAGGCUGCUCUUACAAAGCACUUGCUGAAGACAAUAUGUACUGACAUCACUAACCUCAUUUUCAACUUCUUAGCUUCGGAUUUAAUGAUGGCAGUAGAUGAUCCUGCAGCCAUUACAAGUGAAGUAAGAAAAAAAAUUUUAAGUAAAUUAUCAGAAGAAACCAAAGUAGCUCUCACAAAACUCCAUAGCUCUCUGAAUGAAAAGAGCAUAGAAGACUUCCUUUCUUGUCUGGAUUCUGCAGCAGAAGCUUGCGAUAUUAUGGUGAAAAGGGGAGACAAAAAAAGGGAAAGGCAGAUACUGUUCCAGCAUCGACAAGCACUGGCUGAACAGCUAAAAGUCACAGAAGACCCUGCUCUUAUUCUGCACCUCACAGCAGUCCUUCUGUUUCAGUUCUCAACCCACAGCAUGCUCCAUGCACCUGGAAGAUGUGUCCCACAGAUCAUUGCUUUUCUUAAUAGUAAAAUUCCAGAGGAUCAGCAUACUCUUUUGGUAAAGUAUCAAGGUUUAGUUGUAAAGCAUUUAGUUAGUCAAAAUAAGAAGACUGGACAGGGAGAUGAUCCCUCGAGUGAUGAAUUGGACAAAGAACAAGAAGAUAUCACCAAUACUACUCGUAAAGAGCUUCAAGAACUUUCUUCAUCCAUUAAAGACCUUGUUCUCAUGUCCAGGAAAUCAUCUGUGACAGAAGAGUAAUGAUCUUAAUUUACUUUUGUCAUAUAGUAAACAUUUUUCCCAAAGUUUAAAGUGAGUGGUUACCAAAAAAUAUUCACUUCACAAUCCUCGGUUUCCCCCAAUAACACACACAUACACACACCCACACAAUUCAGUUUAAACAGUAGUGUUGUAUUCAGUGUAAAUCUUAGAAAAAUGUGAAAUUUUUGUAAAUUGGGUUCAACCAUGGAAGACUUCUUUUUCACAUUAUAAUUCUAAAAAUUACUAUUUCAGGUUUAUUUUCAGAUGCUGAAUGAAGAAUAAAUUUUAUGAAAUCUUUCAUCUCUAGAAAAGGACUCAUUUGUUGUGUUGUUAGAUUUCAAGUGACAUCCUUACAGUUAUAUACAUAUUAGGCAGAACCUUAAAAUGUGGUCAUGUGUUUUUUGGGGUUUUUUUAAGAUUUUAUUUAUUUAUUUGAGAGAGAGAAUGAGAUAGAGCAUGAGAGGGGGGAGGGUCAGAGGGAGAAGCAGACUCCCCGUUGAGCAGGGAGCCUGAUGCGGGACUCGGUCCCAGGACUCCAGGAUCAAGACCUGAGCCGAAGGCAGUUGCUUAACCAACUGAGCCACCCAGGUGCCCUGGUCGUGUGUUUUUAAAAAGGGAAAGAAAACCCUUUGGUGUCACAAAUAAAAAUCGUGGAUUUUAAAAUUAAUAGAGAAUGCUUCAAACCUAAAAUACAGAAAUUUGCAAUUUUUGUUUUUUUCUAAGCCCUUGCUCUUAUUUCUGGCAGAUAGAGGGCCUCCCAUAUCCCCCACAAGAGUGAACUUUUAUGUGGUUGGGUCUUUCAGGGGAUGCCUUUACAGGUACAGAAGAAUACCGGAGGGGCCCAUACACUGCUGGAGUCUAUUCUAACACAAGAUGCUAACAAGUAAGAGAAAAAAUAAAAGUUACUUCUUAAGAGGUAUAAGUCACAUUUUAACAUUAGAAUAACUAAAAAUGUAAUACAAGUAUUUUUCUUUAACCAGUUUGCAUUUCUAAAUGUUAUAUUUUUUGUAUCAGUAGUCACUCUGGCACCUAAUUCUUUGUUAUGGGAGGAUCCGUAAGUGCAUUGAAGUCAUUGGAACUUUAUUUUUUUCCAAAAAUGAAAAUCCUUAUAAGAAAAUAGGUAUUCUUGUUUUCUAAAGACUAUUGGUAGUUAAAAGUAACAAAUAGUUCCUUAGAGUAAUAAUUUCAAGCACAUGAGUUUUAAGCAACAAUUUAUUAUAUAUCAAAAAGAAAUUUAUUUUGAAUAUAAUAGUUAAAUCUCAAGUAUCAAAAAAGUACUAUUUUAUAUAAUUCCUUAUAUGGCACUUAAAACUCUGUGGUUCAAAAUGUUUGAAUACAAAUAUCAGUCUACCUCUAAUUCCAGACAAAGUAUUAAUACUGACUGAAAGAAAUUGAUAUAAUUGCUAACUGAGCAUUAUUAUUAAAGUUGAUAGGAAUGUAACAUAAAUUUAAAAGUGUUUUUCCAUUGGUAAUUUUCUAUUAAUGUAUUUUCAUAUGGGCAAAGGAAGAAAAAUGAAAAAUCGUCUGUGACCACAAGCUCCACUUAGUUUUGUUUAUUCAGUUUCCAAAAUAUAGAACACCCAGCCUAAUGUUUUAUUCAGUCUUUAAGAACCUUCUCAUUUAUGUUUCAGCAGAUACCAAAGUAAUCCACAUUUGUUUCAAACUAGACCAUAGACACGGAAACAAAUAAAAUCAUUCUGACUUUCUUAAUUUGUAGGAAUAAAAAUAGGAGAGACAACCAAGCAAAUAAGAAGAAAACCAUUCUAUCUUGUUCACAUUAAUUUUUUUCAUUUAUCAGAAUGGUUCAUAUUUUUCCAUAGUAAAUAAGAACAGUUUUUAUUGUUUUUGAAAAUAAAGUUAUGUAGCUGAUUUUGUAUGUAAAAUUCUAAUUUCAAUAAAAUAAAAAUUCUUAAAUGGCUAUCUACUAUGAUCUCGAUGGGCAGAUUUAAGAAUGUUAUUAAAAAUAAAUUUGCUUGUUUCUAUUAAA